UUUAACUAGGUUCCUCAUCAUAAAAUGCAGACUCCGUUGGUUCUUUCCAGCUGUGACAUCAGACAAUCCAGGCAUCUCUAAGAGCUCUCCCUGCCCCAGAGUCGGGCGAACCCUCUCUGCAGGGGCCCAGCCCAUAUCCCGGGUUCCUUGGCAACCACCUUGACACUCUCCUGUCUCCCCAUCUCCACAGAGACCAUGACCAUGUUUGAAAAUGUCACCCGGGCCCUGGUCAGACAGCUAAACCCUCGAGGGGACCUGACACCUCUUGACAGCCUCAUCGACUUCAAGCGCUUCCAUCCCUUCUGCCUGGUGCUAAGGAAGAGGAAGAGCACGCUCUUCUGGGGGGCCCGGUACGUCCGCACCGACUACACACUGCUGGAUGUGCUUGAGCCGGGCAGCUCACCUUCAGAUCCAACAGAUACUGGGAAUUUUGGCUUUAAGAACAUGCUGGAUACCCGAGUGGAGGGAGAUGUGGAUGUACCAAAGACGGUGAAGGUGAAGGGGACAGCAGGGCUCUCGCAGAACAGCACUCUGGAGGUCCAGACACUCAGUGUGGCUCCCAAGGCCCUGGAGACCUUGCAGGAGAGGAAGCUGGCAGCGGAUCACCCAUUCCUGAAGGAGAUGCAAGAUCAAGGGGAGAACCUGUAUGUGGUGAUGGAGGUGGUGGAGACGGUGCGGGAGGUCACACUGGAGCGAGCCGGCAAGGCAGAGGCCUGCUUCUCCCUCCCCUUCUUCGCCCCACUGGGGCUACAGGGAUCUAUAAACCACAAGGAGGCUAUAGCCAUCCCCAAGGGCUGCGUCCUGGCCUUUCGAGUGAGACAGCUGAUGGUCAAAGGCAAAGAUGAGUGGGAUAUUCCACAUAUCUGCAAUGAUAACAUGCAAACCUUCCCUCCUGGAGAAAAGUCAGGAGAGGAGAAGGUCAUCCUUAUCCAGGCAUCUGAUGUUGGGGACGUACACGAAGGCUUCGGGACACUAAAAGAAGAAGUUCAGAGGGAGACCCAACAAGUGGAGAGGCUGAGCCAAGCAGGGCAAAGCUCCCUGCUCAGCUCCCUCAGCAAACUUCUAGGGAAGAAAAAGGAGCUUCAAGACCUUGAGCUCGCGCUUGAAGGGGCUCUAGACAAGGGACAUGAAGUGACCCUGGAGGCACUCCCAAAAGAUGUCCUGCUGUCAAAGGAGGCCGUGGGCGCCAUCCUCUAUUUCGUUGGAGCCCUAACAGAGCUAAGUGAAGUCCAACAGAAGCUGCUGGUGAAAUCCAUGGAGAAAAAGAUCCUACCCGUGCAGCUAAAGCUGGUGGAGAGCACGAUGGAACAGAACUUCCUGCAGGAUAAAGAGGGCGUUUUUCCCCUGCAUCCCGAGCUGCUCUCCUCCCUUGGGGAGGAGGAGCUGACCCUCACAGAGGCCCUAGUUGGGCUGAGCGGCCUGGAAGUGCAGAGAUCGGGCCCCCAAUAUAUGUGGGACCCAGACACCCUCCCUCGCCUCUGUGCUCUUUAUGCUGGCCUCUCUCUCCUUCAGCAGCUGACCAAGGCCUCCUAAUUUGCCUUUUACGUCUGCUUCAUGACUCCCUAAUACCUUCCCAACCUCGUGGUGCUGUGUCCUUACCACCUAAGGGCAUUUCAGAGCCAUCAGCUGACGACAUCUGAAAUCUCAGCUGGUGACCCAUGAUAACCAAUCUCCACCUGUCCAACCAUGUAUCACCCCCUACCCCUCCAGCUCCACGACCCACUAAGCCCAUCUGCUGAUGCUUAAAUUUUCUUUUCUUUUCUUUUUUUUUUUUUUUUUUUUGAGAUGGAGUCUCACUCUAUCGCCCAGGCUGGAGUGCAGUGGCGUGACCUUGGCUCACUGCAACCUCUGCCUCACGGGUUCAAGAAAUUCUCAUG